UCGUUGGCAACGGCGGAGGCUGGAGCGGGAAGGACAUAACUGCAACUGUGCGCGCUUGGCGUCAUAUCAGAAAUAAACAGUUAUUUACCUUGUGUCCAGGAGAACUGGAGGAGCCCUCGCACCUCAUGAUGAUAUGGAACAAAAGGUUUUAUGGUGUUGACCUCUGGGAAACGGAAAAGUAGCUUUCCUGCUCAUUUAGCUGCGUGUUUGCUAGCUAACAUCUCUAAAUGUGAACUAGGUUAGCUGCAGGAGUUUGAACAAGUUGCAGCAAGGCUGAGACUUCAACAGGUGGAUCUUUCCUUUUGCGACAUUCGCUAGCAAUGGCCACCAAAGGUUGGCAGCAUCCUUAUGUCAAUAUAUUCAAACACUUUCGAGUGGAAGACUGGAAAAAGUCGGCAAAAGAGGGAGAUGUGUCAACAUGCACGAACAAGACACUGAGGUGUUCAGUGUUCCAGAUCAGGGGUCCUGUUCCCGCCAACAGCUACAUCCUGAUGCCCAAAAACUGCAACCAGUCUCUGGGGCUGACAGGACGCUACUUCUACCUUCUCUUCAGGCCCACCCCAGGCAAAUACUUUGUGGUCCAUCUGGAUGUUUCUGCUGAGGAGGGCCAGGUCGUCCGUAUCUCCUUUUCCAAUAUGUUCAAAGAGUUCAAGGCCACAGCUACCUGGCUUCAGUUUCCUUUCCUGUGCGGAGCUGCAAAGGAUUCAGUCUAUGAAAGCACGGCCAAAUCCGCAAAACAUGGUUUGGUGGGUCCGGCUCCCACUUCGGUGCGUUGGACCUGUCUUAUGCUGGAUCUGCAGUAUACACUCUCUGUCUACCUCAGCCGCUGCUACAGUCACCUGAGGAGCAUCAAGCUUUGUGCCAACAUGGCAGUGAAAAACAUAUUUACCAGUGACCUGCUGCUAGAUCCAGGAGUUUCCUUCAGUGAAGCCAAACUGUUGGGUCUCUCCUCUUCUCAGGGAACAGGUCCAAUGCCAAGAGAUAUGUCGUUUCCUGUGCCCAAGGGAGCCUCCUGGCAUGACCUUUAUGAUUACAUCAGGUUUCCCUCAGAGGGAACAAAAUUACCCUUUGACUCUAUUCAAAAAGGAUGUGUCUCCAAAAUAAGAAGCCCUAUCCGAGAGGAGCGUCACUCCAUCAACCUCAAUAAACCGGUUCAGGACCGUGUGUCCCUCAUCCAGCAGAUAACCACUCCCAGAACACUCACAAGAAAUCAAAGCCCCUUGGUGACCAAGAUACCAGAUCUGGUGUCCACUCAUCCGAAAGAUGACUGGCUCAGCCAUAAUGAUGACCAGUAUCAGCAGGACUCUGCAAGCUUCAGUUUACACCAUCUCAAAUUCAAGCCAUCCUGUGAUUCUGAUGGUAGGGGAGUUCAUGUGUACGUGCAUCCUGAAGACGGCUUCAGCAAACAUGGGGAGGAAAGUGAAGAAGAGCUUGUCUGCACCCCUGUUCCACAUUCUGUCCAUCUAGCCUCGUCCAAAGGAACCAGGAAGCAGAAACUGCUUCCAGAUCCGAUUCUCAGGCUUAAUCGAAUCAUCGGCUUUGGAGGAGCCACUACUAAAUAUGCCCUAUGGACCAAAUCUGGUGAUGCGGUGGUGUACCCGUGUCACGCUAUUAUCGUCUCUAUGAAGAUUUCCUCUAACCAGCAGAGGUUCUUCAUUGGCCACACUGAUAAGGUAUCUGCACUGGCUUUCAAUGGCAACACAACAGUACUGGCCUCAGCUCAAACUGGCAACCACAGCGUAGUUCGAGUGUGGGACUACCACAAAGGAAACUGUCUGGCCAUGUUCAGGACUCAUGCGCAUUCAUUAUCCUGUCUCAGCUUCUCAUACAGCAGUGGUAUUCUUUGUGGAGUUGGUAAGGACAGCCACUGCAAAACAAUGGUGGUGGUGUGGAACACUCUGAACGUUAGUAAAGGUGGAGAGGUGACCAUCUUAGCCAAAGCACACACAGAUGUGGACAUCCACACCAUGAAGGUUGCCUUCUUUGAUGAUACAAGGAUUGUGUCAUGUGGCCGGGAUAAUGUUCGCCUCUGGCGAGUGCGGAAUGGGACUCUGCGAUCCUGUCCAGUCAACCUGGGUGAAUACCACUCAGUGGACUUCACCGAUGUUGCCUUUGAGGAGGGAAACUUUUCAAACCAUAGUCACGAUGAUCGAACACUAUAUGCCAGCAGUCGGAGUGGGCAUAUUUUUGAGAUCGACUACAGCAGAGUUGUUAUCAGAAAUGUCAGGAGACUGUUGCCUGCACAGCAGCAGCAUGCAGAUCGUAGGGAGAAAUUGACUUUUAACACAGGUCCAGGCAUUGCCAUCAACAGCAUCAGUGUGUCCUCAUCAUUCUGUUGCACGGGCUCCGAAGAUGGCUUCCUGCGGCUUUGGCCCCUUGAUUUUUCUGCCGUCUUUCUGGAGGCUGAGCACGAGGGACCUCUGAGUGUGGUGUCAGUCUCAUCUGACAGCCUUCAGGUCCUGGCAGGCACCUCCACUGGAAACCUGGGUUACCUUGAUGUGAGCAGCCGCGGUUACAACACGUUGAUGAGAUCACACACAGACACUGUGCUCGGCUUCAGUGUGGACGGCAUCCGUCGGCAUCUCACCACAGCCUCUUCUGAUGGCACAGUGCGCAUUUGGAAUGUGGAUUCCUUGCAUCAGUUGUAUGAUUUUGUGUCAGAGGAAGGUCCCUGCUCCGUGGCCUUCCAUCCCAGUGAGCAGGUCUUCUCUUGUGGUUUCAGCUCUGGCAUCAUCAGAGUCUUUGACAUCUCCGGUGCCAAACUGCUCACUGAACACAGGCAGCACAGAGGUGAAGUUAUAGGUCUUGCCUUCUCACCAGACGGGGAGUUCAUGUACAGUGCCGAUUCCCAGGGCUCUCUGGCACUUUACAACGCCUCUGACGAAGACCACAAUGUGAUCAGAGUUGUGUGCAAUGCGGUGGCCCGAGGCACUGAGCGCACUCCAGAUGCCCUUGCAGUGAGCAGUGACAGCCGCUGUCUGGCUUUUGUCGGUCCCUCGGAGUACAUUGUCACCAUCGCUGACUCGCGGUCUCUAGAUGAGUUGCUCCAUGUAGAUGUGAGCAUUUUGGAUGUAGAGAGCUCCCGCCUUGAUUCUGCACAAAAGGUCUGCUUCUCACCAGCCACAACUGAACACUUGCUCGUUGCCACAUCUGCCAACAAGAUCCUCUGGGUCAGCACCAAGACAGGCCGUCUGCUCCGAGAGGUGUCUAAGGUGCACAAACACCAGUGCUCAUCCCUGGCUGUGAGUGAGGACAGUCGAUUCCUGCUGACAGCAGGACACAAUGCUGUCAAAGUGUGGGAUUACAACAUGCAGCUCCAUAUUAACUCACAGAUGUUCAUUGGCCACAGUCAACCCAUUCGCCAGGUGAGCUUCACCCCUGACCAGCUGGGUGUGGUCUCAGUGGGAGACGCCAUAUUCCUUUGGGACUUCCUGGCCCAUCCUGCUGACUCUGACAGCUGCUCACCCCUCAGAUUAGGCUGCAUUUCAGCCCCUAAAUCAGAUGCUGAAGUGAGUGGAGUUCAGUUGUCCAAUGGGAUGCCUCGACAGACAGCACCCCUCCCCUUCUCACCGCCACAACCACUAGAUGUCAGCACCCUUGACCAAGUUGACCAAGGCGUUUUGGGCUCCCUGUCCAUUAAUGAUGAAACUCCGACUAUCUCGACCACUCAGGUAGCAGCUAAUGGUUUAGGUCCCUCCUCUGAACCCAGACCUGCAGCAUCCUUCCUUAAAGUUACCGAGCUGGACACUGAGCUGAAAGCAAGGAAGCCAGUACGUCCUGAUUGUUACAGGCACUUCAUCCCACAUUUCAAGACCUCCACCACUGAUCCGGCUGCCACGGCUCCCCUGCCAGGAGAAGAGGGCAUAAAACUGAAAGCAGUGAUUGGCUACAAUGGCAAUGGGCGUGGUAACAUGGUGUGGAGCCCUGACCAAGGUUUGUUUGCGUACUCGUGCGGCUGUGUGGUGGUGGUGGAGUACCUCCAUACAGGAAGUCAGAGAUACCUACAGGGCCACAGCGAGGAGAUCUCUUGUCUUGCAGUCACAAACGACGCACAGACGGUGGCAUCAGCAGCUGGCGGCACUAACAGUGGCGGUAGCCUCAUCUGCAUUUGGGAUGUCCAGAAUGGAACUUGUCGUAAAACCAUCUCCUACCACAGCAGCGCAGUGCAGAGUCUUGCUUUCUCCAGGGAUGAUCACUUCUUUCUCUCUGUCGGAGACUUUUCUGACCCAGAGGUGGCUCUGUGGAGCAGCAAGACCUUCCAGUUGCUGUCCAGUGUGAGUGUGUCAGGACCGAUCAAUGACGCAGCCUUCAGCCCCUCAGCAGCCAGCCAGCUGGCCUGUGUGGGAAGCCAAGGGGCGUACUUUUGCUUCAUCCACACGCAUGGCUCGGAUGUUGACCUCAAGGUCCAGAGGGCGAAAGCACCGGCGGAGGUGGGUGAUGUGGAGCAGACGGCUCUGUGCUACCACAUGGACUCCUUUCUGUUUACCGCCACCAACCGAGGACAUGUUUUUGUCUGGGACAUUAACACACAGCGCUGCUUCAUGACGUGGGAAGCUGAUGAGGGCGAGAUCGGCGUGCUGCUGUGUCGAGGGAACCGUCUGUUGACAGGCAGCAACACUCGCUGGUUGCGACUGUGGGAGGUAGAAGCUAUGUGGGGUGUAAAGCCUCAGGAAAAGGUCUGCAAUGUGGAAGACAGUGGGACCAUGGUGGUGUUGGAACAGGAGAUGAUGCUGGACGGGACAAUGGUCAGUGCAGCCUUUGAUAACACAAUGGACAUGGGAAUCGUUGGCACCACAGUGGGAACCCUCUGGUACAUCAACUGGUCAGACAACAGCAGCACUCGGCUGGUCAGCGGCCACAAUACCAAGGUGAAUGAUGUGGCGUUCAGCUCUGAUGAGAGCCAUUAUGCAACCUGCAGCGAGGACGGCAGCGUGAGGGUGUGGUCGGCCCCCAGCAACGAGCUGGUGGUGCAGUUCCAGGUGCUCAACCAGGCCUGUGGCUGUGUAUGCUGGAGUCCUUCCUCUAGGAAGGACAGUGCAUGUGUGGCUGCAGGAUACAGCGAUGGGACCCUGAGGAUUUUCCGUCUUGCCUCCUCAGAGAUGGAGAUGAAGCUGCAUCCCCAUCAUGUAGCUGUCACUGCCGUGCAGUACUCUGCCAACGGUCAUGUGAUCCUUUCAGCAGGGAAGAAUGGUCUGGUAGCUGUCAGCAGCCCGGUGAAUGGAGCGACUAUCCGUGUCAUCAGGGACCACAAAGGAGUGCCGAUAACCACCAUCCAGAGUGCGAAUGAACAGUGUCAGAAGUUCGGCCUGGAAGGAAAUGAGAUGUGGUUGGCUGCCAGUGCUGACAGACGCGUCAGUGUAUGGGCUGCCGAUUGGUUGAAGGACAAGUGUGAUCUGCUGGACUGGCUGACGUUUCCAGCUCCGGCCUAUUUUGGGGAUGACAGCCCACCUCCCAGCCUGGCUGCCUUCUGCCCUACAGACCCCGGCCUGAUAGUCUACUCUGGCUAUGGCGUAGAGAAAGAACUGUCUUUCUACAGCCUGGCUAAAAAACAGAUUAUAAAAAAGAUUGCCUUGCCCAACUGGGCCACUUGCUUUAGCCUCUCUUGUAGGAGUCAGCUCAUAGCUGUGGGAUCAAAAGAGCGAGUUUUGAAGUUAAUCAAGUCAACCAGCGGCAGGUUCCAGGACUUCACGCAGCACAGUGACUCACUGCAGACCUGUCACUUCUCUCCUUCCGGGACACUUCUGUUCUCCAUAGCUUACAAUGAGAUCCUGCUGUGGGAGGUGGAGGGCCUCUGAGGGCCUCGUGUCUGUUUUUGAACAUCAGACCUCGGAUGUUUUGACCACUUUCACAAGUGCCUCAUUUAUACUUUUACUUGAUGUAAUUUAUAUAGUUUAUAUUUUUACAACCUGUAAUUUUUUGUUUUUAUAGUUCCAUAGAUUUGUUUUUAUCUGUUAAAUAUUUCAAAGGAAAUAGAAUUUGUGGAGAAGAUGUGUGCGAUUCUUUCAUGUAUAUAGUUUUUAAAUACAGCCAUUUUUUAAUGUUAAAAGGAUUUUUUUUUUUUUGUUCGACCAUCUAUUUUAGGGUUUUUUUCCUGUGAGUUAUGUACAGAUACUGAUGAGUGACUACCAGUAGCUGUCAUGUCAGCUGCUUUUUCAAUGGUAGGUUUUUUAUGAGUGGGUGUUUUUCUGUUUGUUUGUUUUGGUUUUGUUUUGUUUUGUUUUUAAGAAAGCGGCAUGUAAAAUAAUUUUUUGAAAUGAAUGCACAAAUACACGUGCAAAUUCUGCUGACUGCUGCAAUGACCUUUGCAUUUUUAGAGUGAGAGAGGACAGUUGAGAACAUUUUGCAUGAAUCAAUGUUUGUUCAAGGAUUGUCUGAUUAAAACUCCUUUAUGUUA